AUGUCAGGUCCUUUGUCUUCUGGUGAGUUGGUUAAAGCCAAGACCAAACUGUUUUACUGUGUACAGAGAGAGAAAUUUGCUCAGGAAAUUGCAGACUUAAGAAAGGGUAAAUCUCCUGCAAGGAGUUCUCCAUUGUGUAGACUAGAUCCCUUUGUAGACGAUGAAGGCCUGUUGAGAAUUAAAGGACGUUUGGAGAAUGCAGACUUGAGUUUUGAAAGCAAGCAUCCUAUUAUAGUUCCUUCCGGUCAGGUUGCUAAGCUCUUGGUUCAAUUUCAACAUAUUUUCCUGAAGCAUGCUGGAGUAUCCACCAUUGUCUCUACAUUAAGAGGCAGCUAUUGGAUAGUGGGAGUGAGACGAAUUGCUAAAACUGUUUGUAGAGUGUGUGUUCGGUGUAAGAGGUAUGAUUCCAGGGCUUGUAAUCAGCCUGCUGCACCCCUACCAGGAUUAAGAGUUAAGACUGCUCCUCCUUUUACUGUGACAGGUCUUGAUUAUGCUGGUCCUCUCUUUUGUAUUGAUUUACCUUCCAAGAAAUUAUACAUUUUGUUUACAUGUGCAGUAAUAAGAGCAGUGCACCUAGAACUUACCGACUCAUUAUCUCUCUCUGACUGCAUGCUGGCUUUACGUAGAUUUGCAGCACGAAGAGGCAUUCCUUCUGUUUUUUACUCAGAUAAUGCUAAAACAUUUGUGGGUGCAGCUCGUCAACUUCAGCAAGAAUAUGGCCCACUGUCUCCUCAGUGGAAAUUCAUUGUUCCCCGUUCUCCAUGGUGGGGAGGUUGGUGGGAAUGUUUGAUUAGGUCUGUUAAGUCUGCUUUGAGGAAAACAAUAGGUGUUAGAUGUCUGUCAAGAAUUGAGCUUGAGACCACUCUUCAUGAAGUUGAGGUUUGUGUAAAUUCUAGACCUUUGACCUUUGUUGAAGAUGAACCUGAUGUUUCAAAUCCUUUGACUCCUUCACACUUUCUCAUUGGACGUAAUGCUGGAUUCCAACUUGAGAUUAGUGAUCAACCUUCAUAUGUUACAAGACAGGAUUUAAUUAUCCGAGAAAGUGUUCGUCAGCAGCAACUUGAUAAAUUUUGGAAAUUAUGGAGCAAUGAUUAUUUAAGAAAUUUGCCACCUGUUGUGAAAGGAUUUGUGCAAAAUUGCAAUGUACAGAAAGGUGCUGUUGUCCUAGUCAGAGAAGACCAUGUUCCUAGGCUUAAAUGGCCACUAGGUGUAGUUACAGAAGUAUUCCCAGGUAAUGAUAAUAUCAUUAGGAGUGUUAGGGUCAAAACUGACAAAGGAACAGUCAAUAGACCAGUGCAGAAGUUGCAUGAUCUUGAAAUGUAUAGUCCUCUGUAUGAAGAUUCUGAAGAAAAUGUUACACCAUCAGUUCCUGGAACCAGUGAAAAUAGUGCCUCUGAGCCUUGUGAAGAGAACAUUUUGAAACCUACCUCCUAUAGUCGACGGGGUCGUGCAGUAAGAACCCCAGUGAAACUUGACUUGUAA